CCCGCAUUCACUUCUUUCUCCAUAACUUUUAGCUCCGAACCCGAUCCUUGGGGCCGUCGACGGCGGAAACAGCCAACGAAUACGACGCCGGAGACGCUUAUAGGAAAACGGCGGUGUACGCAGACGUAGUCGAAGAAAAAUUGGGCGAGAAAAAGCAGAGUUAGGGUUUUAUUUUUCCAAAUUUAGAAGUUGAUAUUGUCAUGGCUGCUUCAUCUCCUGUCCUGACUUCUAAUAACAACAAGGUCGGGGAAGCUAUCAUAACAAGUACGGCCAUAAAUGGGAGCACAACUCCACAACGUUUGGUUGCCAUGGACACCCCACCGAAGACAAACCAACGUGGGCAUAACAAGCCUAGAUGUAUCAAGUGCGGCAAUGUUGCUCGUUCCAGGUGCCCGUUCCAGUCAUGCAAGAACUGCUGUGCCAAAGCUCAGAAUCCAUGCCAUAUUCAUUUUCUAAAACAAAGCAGCAUUUUACCAGCACAACCACCUACUACUACCCCUUUACCCGAACAACCAUCAACUGAUGGGCCUUCAACUGGGGCUUCCUGGAGACUGUCAUCACUUAGAAAACUCUCUGCUACUUUUGCCAGUACUAUGCGAGUAAAGAAGCCUCUCACACGAAAGGAUGCUGUGAAUAUAAAUAAGUGGAGGUUUUCAAAGUUGAAGGAGCAUGUUGAAGGAAACGUUGAAGCAGAGAAUGAGGCAUUUGAUAGGUACACUUGGAAUGUUAGAUUACUUGAGGAAACAUUCUCGACUGAGGGAAUUAUAUCAGAUGGCCAAUCUACACUUGAACCCACUUCUUCUGAUAAGUUUCAGAAGUUGGUGGCAUCCCUUAAAGUGAAACUUAUGGGAGACCUUGUUAGUCAACAAUUAAGGAAAUUGCAGGGCAGCAGUCUUGUUCCUGAUGAGAGCUCACCCUAUGCAGAUGAGCUAGAUGCUGGUAAGGAGCAUAAAAGACGGAAGAAAGAAGGAGAGUGGCGAGCCGAGAGGACUGCAGCAUUUAGUGAUCUUAUUGAUAAGUUGAGUAAAGCUCGGAGUGAGGAUGAUCUGAAACCGUGUUUGGAGAUGAAGGUUCAGUUAUUGAAUCGUUCUGAAAGUAAGAUUGAUCAAGAGGAUCCCGAGAAGUCCCUGUUACCAAAACAAGAACCAGAUACUAUCAUGGAUUCAUCUGUGUACUCUGCGCCUAAGAUAUGUACUGCUGUUCAUAUGAAUCAGGUUGCUCUUUCUAACAUCAAUGCCAAGCUCUCAUCUCUUGUAGAGUUAGCAGAAUUGUGAUUCUGAUAAGUAGGUUAUGCAAAGUUGUGGUACGAUCAUUUACGUUGAAGGCAACUGUCUGGGGGAAAAGAGAGGAUACAAAAGAGUGGGAAAAAAGUAUUUUAGGAUCCGCGUCAUUCUCUACAUGGGCUUGUGAGUUGGAAGCUCAACUCCAGAUCGAGAUUAUUGGUAACAUUAACUGAAACAUCAUGUUGUAUGUGCACAUUUCUUUGAAAAAUUUGACAACAGAUGGGCAUGAUCAUCUCUGUUUUACCUUUUAGAAGUGGUGGUUCUAAAAGACCAGGGGCAGGGUUUAUCUCAAGAAAAAUAUCGAUUCAAACUCCAAUCCCAGGACAUUUGAUUCAGGCUUAGGCCUGUAAUCUUGUAAAAGAUCAUCAGUGGCCCAAUAAUCAACAUAUCUGAUUGCUUCCAAGACAGGAAUUUAGUGCUUUGGCGUGGUUGUGAUUGAGAGGUGAGCAAGACCGAGGCAUAUGCUUAUUGCAGCAGCAGAACUUUUGAAAGCUAUGGGAUAGUACACUUUUCAAUGAACCGGGUCCAUUGGGUUAUUUGCGCGCUUUUCAAAUAACCAGGUUCACUAAUACUUUCUCUGGUUGAGCAUAUGGUCCCCGGUGUAUGGCAUUAAAUGCGUACCAAAUAGAUGUGAACCAUUAGGAUUGAAGUAUUUUUUAUAAAAAGGUAUUGUUUUAUGUUGCCAACUUCCGUAAGCAAUUUCUACCAGUGCCAUCUUCGGAUGAGAAGGAAGAAGAUAUCUAUUCCUCUAUAAUAAUGGGAAGAUCCAAGAUUUACUAUUUA